AUGGGCACCGAUCUAGCUCCUCAAAUCAAGCUACUCCAGGAGUCUAUCGACAGCUUGCACGGCAAUGAUGACGAUUCGCGCAUUGUAAGCUUGCUCAAGCAGUGUGGGGAGUCCAGGGCACUCGCACAGGGGAAGCGGCUGCACGACUAUCUUCGCCAGGUUGGCAAGGACACUGAAACUUUUGUUGGAAAUUGGAUCAUCCAGAUGUAUGGAAGGUGCGGUGUCAUCCAGGAUGCCGCACAGGCAUUCGAGAAUAUCAAGAAAAGGAAUCUUUUCUCGUGGAACAUCAUGCUCGGAGUAUAUGCCCAGUCGGGGCAUAUGCUGGAAGCAAAGAUCCUAUUUGACAAGAUGCCUCAACAUAACUUGGUCUCGUGGAAUUCGAUGAUUACAGGUUACGCACAGGCUGGUUUGUCCGAAGAUGUAGGGGUUUCCUAUAGAAGCGUUCUUUUGGAGGGAUUGAGACCCGAUAGGAUCAGCUUUGUAGGAGCUCUCCAGUCUUGCUCGUGCCCAAUCGAGGGAAAACGCAUCCACUCUCACACAAUCCAAUCGGGCCUUGAAUCCGACAUCGUCAUCACCACAGCUAUUGUUGUUAUGUACGGAAUGUGUCACAAUGUUGACGCUGCGAGGCGUUGCUUUGAGAUGAUUGCCAAUCCAGAUACUGUGCUGUGUAAUGCUCUCAUAACGGCAUAUGCCAGAAAUGAGCAUCUGGAGGAUGCGGAGCGAUUGUUUGGCAGCCUCCGUACAAAGGACGUAGCUUCGUAUACCGCAAUGGUGACGGGAUAUGCCGAAAAUGGGCAUCUGGAAAAGGCUCGGGACGUUUUUGAGAAAACGCCUCAGAAGAAUGUGGUGUCCUGGAAUGCCAUUUUGGGGGUAUAUUCCGAGGCUGGGCGCUGCCUUGAGGCACUGGCGCUAUUCGAGAGGAUGAAAAGCGAUGGCAUCUCUCCGAAUAGAAUCACUUGCAUCAGAGUCUUGGACAUUUGCGCAAGACUUGGAGCAAUCAAGCAGGGACGAGAGAUUGAAUCCUUCGCAAUCAAAGCAGGGUUUGCUUUCGACACCGUCUUAAGCAACGCUGUGGUGAACAUGUACGGAAAGUGUAAAGAUCUCGACAGCGCGGUGAAAGCGUAUAAGAGAAUGUCUGUCCUGAACUUGGUUUCGUGGAACUCGCUGCUCGCUGCAUAUGCCCAAAACGGGCAUUGUAAGGAAGCGGUUCACCACUUCAAGCUCAUGGACCUCGAAGGGAUCCAGGCCAAUGACAUCACCUUUAGCACAUUUUUCGAUGCUUGCGGUGGCUCCAACGCAAUCAAAGAUGGGAGGAUUGUGCACGAAGAACUGCUCGAAACACACUACUUGCAUGAACUCCCCGUGGCGAACUCGUUGGUCUCCAUGUACGGAAGCUGCGGUAGCGUCGAGGACGCAGAGAAAACCUUCUGGGACAUGAGAUCCAGGAACGUAAUCUCGUGGACCGGAAUGAUAACCGCGUAUGCCCAAAACGGGUAUAACUCUAAAGCUCUGGAGAUGCUCCACGCAAUGAACCUCGAGGGGGUGAGUCCAAACGAUAUCACCUUCGUGAGCGUUCUCUCCGCUUGUAGCCAUGGUGGCUUGUCCAAGCGCGGCCUGGGAUACCUUGCUUCCAUGCUCGCAGACUAUGGACUCGCUCCAACGAUCGAUCAUUAUGUGUGUGCCAUCGAUGUCGUGGGCCGAAGUGGAGAAGCGGGAGAAGCUAGCACAAUCGCGAAAGCUAUGCCGUUUGAGCCAGAUCCUGUGGCUUGGACGAGCAUCCUAGCGGCUUGUUCCGUCCAGCAAGACGCGAGCCUGGGAGCAGUAGCAGCGGAGAAGUUUAGAGACUUGGAUCCCAAAAACGAUGCUUCGUAUGUCAUGGAGUCCAAGCUAUGGUCUUAG